GCGCACACAAGCUACCACCGCCCUCCCAGGCGCCCAAUGCCACCCCCCGGGCAGCCCACCGCACCGCCGAGAGCGGGGGGGCCCUCGAUCAAGUCGGGGCGCUGAUCGGGGCCGACCGGAUCAACGGCGCGAGGCAGCAUCGCUGGAGGAGAAUGGCGACGAUUCCCGCCAGCUGGGAUGCCGCCCUGCUGUCGGACAGCGACGGGAUCGACGGUGCGCGUCGGUGCCCCUCUUCGAUGGCAAGGGUUGCCCGCAGCCCAAUUUGGGCCUCCCCCGCUGUGCUGGCGCCUGGCAUGUGGCAUAAAGACAUCGCACCCAGGUGCAAGGAUAUUGUCCCCGGCUCCUCGGGUUGGCCAUAUUAUACUCCCAGGGAUGCACCCGGAGGGACAGAAAUUGUGGCGAACACAGAAAAGAGGGCAGUCUUCCAAAUUCCGCCGCUGGGCCUUUCCCCUUUCAUUGUGGACCAUGACCAACGCCUGGAAGAUCAGGCCCAAAUAGAAGCCAACGCCGUGGAGCAUGCUCCCGAAGGCGUGGUAGGGGCGCGGCGGCUCGGCUACAGGGCUGUGGAAUUGAAGAUGACCCUCCAGGUGGCUGGUUUCAUCAUCG